CGAGCGGGCCCAGCCAGGGAAGGCAGCCGGGGACGGCCCACCGGGGCCCGGUGCGGGGAGGCGCCCGCUCUGUGCCCAGGUCGGGAGCCAUGGCGGUGUGGAUCCAGGCGCAGCAGCUCCAGGGCGACGCCCUCCACCAGAUGCAGGCUCUGUACGGCCAGCACUUCCCCAUCGAGGUGCGGCACUACCUGGCGCCCUGGAUCGAGAGCCAGGCCUGGGACUCAAUAGAUCUUGAUAAUCCACAGGAGAACAUUAAAGCCAGCCAGCUCCUGGAGGGUCUGAUCCAGGAGCUGCAGAAGAAAGCUGAGCACCAAGUGGGGGAAGAUGGGUUUUUACUGAAGAUCAAGCUAGGGCACUAUGCUACCCAGCUCCAGAACACGUAUGACCGUUGCCCCAUGGAGCUGGUCCGCUGCAUCCGCCACAUACUGUACAAUGAGCAGAGGCUGGUCCGGGAGGCCACCAACUGCAGCUCUCCGGCCGGGAGCCUGGCGGACGCCAUGUCCCAGAAGCACCUGCAGAUCAACCAGACGUUUGAGGAGCUGCGCCUGGUCAGCCAGGACACGGAGAACGAGCUGAAGAAGUUGCAGCAAACCCAGGAGUACUUCAUCAUCCAGUACCAAGAGAGUCUGCGGCUCCAAGCCCAGUUUUCCCAGUUGUCGCAGCUGAACCCGCAGGAGCGCCUGAGCCGGGAGACGGCACUGCAGCAGAAGCAGGCGUCGCUGGAAGCCUGGCUGCAACGGGAAGCGCAGACCCUGCAGCAGUAUCGUGUGGAGCUGGCGGAGAAACACCAAAAGACCCUGCAGUUGCUGCGCAAGCAGCAGACCAUCAUUCUGGACGACGAGCUGAUCCAGUGGAAGCGGCGUCAGCAGCUGGCCGGCAAUGGGGGGCCACCCGAGGGCGGCCUGGACGUGCUGCAGUCCUGGUGUGAGAAGCUGGCAGAGAUCAUCUGGCAGAACCGGCAGCAGAUCCGGCGAGCGGAGCACCUGUGCCAGCAGCUGCCCAUCCCGGGCCCCGUGGAGGAGAUGCUGGGAGAGCUAAACGCCACCAUCACUGACGUCAUCUCCGCCCUGGUCACCAGUACCUUCAUCAUCGAGAAGCAGCCCCCGCAGGUCCUGAAGACGCAGACCAAGUUUGCCGCCACUGUGCGGCUCCUGGUGGGCGGGAAGCUGAACGUGCACAUGAACCCUCCGCAGGUCAAGGCCACCAUCAUCAGCGAGCAGCAGGCCAAGGCUCUGCUCAAAAAUGAGAGCACGCGCAACGACUACAGUGGGGAGAUCCUGAACAACUGCUGCGUCAUGGAAUACCACCAGGCCACCGGCACGCUCAGUGCCCACUUCCGGAACAUGUCGCUCAAGAGGAUCAAGCGUUCCGACCGGCGUGGGGCGGAGUCCGUGACAGAGGAGAAGUUCACCAUUCUGUUCGAGUCCCAGUUCAGCGUAGGGGGCAACGAGCUUGUGUUCCAGGUUAAGACCCUGUCCCUGCCGGUGGUUGUGAUCGUCCACGGCAGCCAGGACAACAACGCCACGGCCACCGUCCUGUGGGACAACGCCUUCGCCGAGCCUGGCCGGGUGCCGUUCGCCGUGCCAGACAAAGUGCUGUGGCCGCAGCUCUGCGAGGCUCUGAACAUGAAGUUCAAGGCCGAGGUGCAGAGCAGCCGGGGCCUGACCAAGGACAACCUGCUCUUCCUGGCCCAGAAGCUCUUCAACAGCAGCAGCGGCGGCCACGUAGAGGACUACAGCGGCAUGGCCGUCUCCUGGUCCCAGUUCAACCGGGAGAAUCUGCCAGGGCGGAACUACACGUUCUGGCAGUGGUUCGACGGCGUCAUGGACGUGCUCAAGAAGCACCUCAAGCCGCACUGGAAUGACGGCGCCAUCCUGGGCUUCGUGAACAAGCAGCAGGCCCACGACCUGCUCAUCAACAAGCCUGACGGCACCUUCCUGCUGCGCUUCAGCGACUCUGAGAUCGGCGGCAUCACCAUCGCCUGGAAGUUCGACUCUCAGGAGAGGAUGUUCUGGAACCUGAUGCCAUUCACCACGCGGGACUUCUCCAUCCGCUCGCUGGCGGACCGGCUGGGAGACCUGAGCUACCUGAUCUACGUGUUCCCCGACCGGCCCAAGGAUGAGGUCUUCUCCAAGUACUAUACACCUGUGCUGUGCGAGUCCACUGCUGCCAAGACCGUCGACGGGUACGUGAAGCCACAGAUCAAGCAGGUGGUGCCAGAGUUUGCCAACGCGUCCUCGGACUCGGCCGGGAGCGGUGCCACAUACAUGGACCAGGCCCAGUCCCCCAACGUGUGCACCCAGUCCCAUUACAAUAUGUACCCCACGAACCCCGAUUCCGUCCUGGACCCCGACGGUGACUUUGACCUGGACGACACGAUGGACGUGGCGAGACACGUGGAGGAGCUCUUACGCCGGCCAAUGGACAGUCAGUGGAUCCCUCACGCCCAGUCCUGACCCACCCUCGCCGCCCGCCCGCCCACCCGCCGGGUGCCCCCGGCCAUCGGCCUCCGCUCUCUGGAAACAAUGUUGAUGAUGUGAAGUGUUAAUACUAGUCGUGACUGUCGUGUUGCUGGUUCCAUGCUGCGUGUGGGUGGGCGCAGAUGGGAUCUCUUCCUCCCUUCCUGGCUGGGGGCGGGGCUGCACGGUCGGCCCCGGGCUGGGACCCCCUUAACGCAGGCCAGUCUUUCCGGGGCGGGGCGGGAUGGGGGGGGGGCAGGAUAGCCGGGUCAAGGGACAGGUUUUGCUCAAUGAAGUUGUUCAAGCUUUACUCAGAACUCAGCCUAGAGAAAAGUGGAGCGGUCGUAUCACUGCUCCCCGCCCCCCUCGAACACCUUGGUGCCCGGACGGGCUAGCCAGAGGGGACCCUGGCUGUGGUUUCACCGCCCCCCCACCCCCAGCGGGCAAGACGUGUGGUUUUCUGUUGUUGUGUAGUAGCUGUUGUGUCAAAUAGGUAGUCACGGGCUUGCUUUCCUCUCCCGUGUGCUGUCAGUUCUUGUGUGUCUGUGUGUGUACACGUGUGGGGAGCGUUUCCCUCGACUCCAGUGAUCUAGACAGCCCCUGGGUGGGUCCAGAAUCCUUCCGCCAUCUGGCUUGAGUCCACUGACUCUCCCUAAGGGUGCCAGGAGGGCCGUGUAUGAGGUGUGGGGAUCCUGGCCUCUCCCUCACCGCCCAUCCCAUCCCUUGGCUGUACUCUGCGGGAGUACUGCGUUCCGGGCGUCCGUCCGUCCGUCCGUCCGUGGCUUGUGGAGUUCGGGUGUCCUUUGCUUCUUUAUAAUGUGUAUGCCACCUGCCGUCUGCCCCCCCCUCCCGCGGGGCACCCCCGCUCUGCCUUCCCCACUGGUGUUCAUCCCCUGUCUUGACAACGUGGUGGCGUGAAGAUCAUCUGGAGGUGGGUUUGAGUGUGAGACGAGGGUACUCGGGACCCUCCACGCGGGCCUGGGCACCGCUGCCGUGGGCCGGAGAACUGCCAAAACCAAAAAAGGUUACCAGAUUCCUCUGUGGCCCAACUCUGAUUCUCAGCAAUUUCUCCAGUCGUUUCUCCCCCCAGCUCGGGGCUGCCGGUUUUGGGCCCGGCAGUGGGGCGGCUGGGCUCCCUCGCCCCAUCCCCAUCCCACCCCCUCUUGCCAGGAAAGCACCCUGGCCCCCAAAACUUAUUUUUAUACACGAAGUAAAUAAACAGAUAUUUUUUUAGCAAAAAGAAAAAAAAAGCGACGGAUUUCUCCAUUGUCUGUUUCAGGAGCAUGUUCCUCUUUAUUUCGUAAAUUAUUUAUUGGGAAAUGGCGAGCCCAGGCUGGCGUGUCCAAGCCCGGCCCAUUGAGGGGGGGCUGCGGUCAGGGAAACUGUAGGGACGGGGGGAGGCCAAAGCCCCCCGGUGAGGGGGGGGUUCUCUCCCCCCACCCCCUCGACCAAGUCGCCUCUGGGCAGAGUCACCCCCUCCCGCCCCCCAACACAGGCACACACACCCCAGGGAGACAGACGGUCACCCGCAGAGUCAGGCGAGCGGAGCCGGACGGUGAGUCGGUCGGGGUUUCUGCCUCCUCCGUCCUCAGCCCGGUGCUCCUGGGACGGGGGUGGGGGCCGGAGCCCUGCCAGCCACCUGCCCGGGGGAGACAAAAUCCAGGCCCCGGCAAAGCCGGUCCCUCCGGGACCACUGUCGAGCCAACCACAUCCCCCAGGCUCGACCGUGCCCUUUGACCCGGCAGUACCCAAUUUGGUCCCCCCGACCCCGCAGCUGCUUUAGGCCGGAAUGUACUUGGGGCCUGCGGCUUCGCCAGUGGCUCUGAGUGGGGGCUGAGUAACCGCGGGGCUCGGCCCACGCUCCCUCCUUGC